AUGCGUCCCCCUGCCCCGCCGCCACGCCGGCUGCCACCGCCGCCGCCGCCACUGCUGGUGCUGCUGGUGCUGGUGGUGGUGCCGGGGGGCUCAGCCUACGGCUUCCGCAACUGCAUCCAGUCGCCCUGGGACCCCGGGCUCUUCCGCUGCAUCCAGCGCUUCCUGGAAUCGGUGGCCAGCGCGGUGGACGACCUGCCGCCAGCCGCCACCUCGCUCAACCUCUCCCACAACACCCUCCGUCUCCUGCCGCCCGCCGCCUUCGCCCGCCUGCCCCUCCUGCGGACCCUCGACCUGGCCCACAACCACCUGGCCGGCAUCGCCCCGGGGGCCUUCACCGGGCUGGGAGCGCUGGCCACCCUCGACCUGUCCCACAACCGCCUGGUCGCGCUGGCCGAGGGCACCUUCGCCGGGCUGGGCAACCUCUCCUCGCUGCGGCUGGACCGAAACCCGCUGGCCAGCCUGGCCCCCGGCGCGUUCCUGCCGCUGGCCAACCUGCGCUGCCUGUCCCUGCGGGGCGGCCGCCUGCCCGCCCUGGGGCCGGUGGCCCUGGCCGUCCGGCGCCUGCCGCGGCUGCAGCUGCUGGACCUCUGCGGCAACAACCUGUCGUCGCUGGGGCCGGGGCCGCCGCUGCCCCCCUCGCUGCUCACCCUGCGCCUCUGCAACAACUCGCUGCGGGGGCUGGCCGGCGGGACCCCCGGGCUGCUGCCCACCCUGCGGACGCUCGACCUCUCCUACAACAACAUCUCGGAGCCGGCGCCCUUCGCUCGGCUCUGCCUGCGCAACCUGGGCUGGCUGCGGCUGGCCGGCAACCCCCUGGACGUCUUCGGGCUGCUGGAGGUCUCGGACGUGCGGCCGCGCAGCUUGGACUUCUCGGGGCUCUGGCUGGGGCCCAACGGGGUGGACAAGGUGUGCCGGCACCUGGCGGGACCCCGGCUGCAGCGCCUGCGGCUGCGCCGCAACGGCAUCGGGGUGCUGCCGGACGAGGCACUGGCUGCCUGCCCCCUCAUCGGCACGCUGGACCUGUCCGGGAACCGGCUGCGGUGGCUGGGCUGCGUGGCGCGGCUGCUGGGGCCGGGGCAGCAGCAGGAGCUGGCGGGGCUGGUGGUGGAGCACAACCUCCUGCGCCGGCUGCCCCCCUGCCGGGGGACCCCGAUCCUGCACCGCCUGUACAACGUCUCGCUCCGCUUCAACCGCAUCCUGGUGGUGGGACCGCAGGCCUUCGCCAACGCGCCCCGCCUGCGGGCGCUGCGCCUCGACGUCAACGGCCUGGCGCGGCUGGACCGGCAGGCGCUGCAGGGGCUGGGGGAGCUGCAGGAGCUGCGGCUGGACAACAACCUGCUGACCGACCUCUACCCCGGCUCCUUCGCCGACCUGGGCCGGCUGCGCACCCUCAACCUGCGCAACAACCGCGUCUCCGUUCUCUUCCCCGGCGCCUUCGCCGGGCUGGCCCAGCUGCAGACGCUGGAUCUGGGGGGCAACAACCUGCGGCACCUGGCGGCCGCCGCGCUGCAGGGGCUGGGGGAGCUGCGCCGCCUCUACCUGGACCGCAACCGGCUGCAGGAGGUGAGCGCCGAGGCCUUCCGCCCAGUGCAGGCUUCCCUGGGCGUGCUGGACCUGCGCGCCAAUGCCCUGCGGUACAUCAGCCGGGCCCCGCGCCAGCAGCCGCCCUUCCGGCACCUCCGGCGUCUCUACGACCUGAAGCUGCAGGCGCAGCAGCCCUACGGCCUGAAGAUCAUCCCCCACCGCUUCUUCCAGGGCCUGACCGCCCUCCGCUCCCUCUUCCUGGCCCAGAACUGGCUGCUGGCCAUCCCCGCCGACGCCUUCGACGACCUGGCCCAGCUGCGCUACCUGACGCUGGCCGACAGCAGCGGCGGGAUGGGCGACCUGCCCCCCGGCGUCUUCAAGAACCUGAGCCGCCUGCGCAGCCUGGACCUGGAGAACGCGGGGCUGCGCAGCCUGGGCCCCGAGGUCAUCGGCAACCUCAGCCAGCUGGAGCGGCUGCAGCUGGCCAAGAACGAGCUGCGCACCCUCGACUGGCGCCUGGACGACCAGCUGCCCGCUCUGCGCUACCUGGACCUGCGCAAGUGCCCGCUGAGCUGCGCCUGCGCCAACGCCUGGCUGCCGGGCUGGCUGGGCCACAGCCGGGUGCAGGUGGUCUACCUCUACAACUACAGCUGCGGUGGCAGCGGGCUGCCCACCUACCUGCACAGCUUCGACACCCGCGUCUGCUUCCUGGACGUGGGGCUUUACCUCUUCGCCAGCACUGCCCCGGCGGUGCUGCUGCUGCUGGCGCUGCCGCUGCUGCACCACCGCGCCUACUGGCGCCUCCGGUACCACUUCUACCUGCUGCGUGCCUGGGCCAACGGGCGCUGGCAGCGGGAGGAGCGCCGCUACGCCUACGACAGCUUCGUCUCCUACAACUCGGCCGACGAGGGCUGGGUGUUGGGAGAGCUGGUCCCCGAGCUGGAGCGGGGCUCCCUGCGCCUCUGCCUGCACCACCGCGACUUCAGCCCGGGCAGGGCCAUCAUCGACAACAUCGUCGACAGCAUCUACAACAGCCGCAAGACGGUCUGCGUGGUCAGCCGCAGCUACCUGCGCAGCGAGUGGUGCUCCCUGGAGAUCCAGCUGGCCAGCUACCGCCUCUUCGAUGAGCUCAGGGACGUCCUGGUCCUCGUCUUCCUGGAGGCCAUCCCCGACGCCGAGCUCUCCGCCUACCACCGCAUGCGCCGGGUGCUGCUCAAGCGGACCUACCUGCGCUGGCCCCCCGAGCCCCAGGCCCAGCGGCUUUUCUGGGCCAAGCUGAAGCGCGCCCUCCGGAGCAGCUACACCGAGGGCGAGGAGGAGGAGGAGAAGGAGGAGGAGGAGGAGGAGGAGGAAGGCUGCGGGGAGGGCAGCCAGCUGCCCUGGGGCGGCCCUCCCACGGUGUGGCCGGGACCCCCUGCUCCUGACCCCCGGUGACACCCGGGGACACCCCACGGCGUGGCGCUCCCAGGCAUUCCGGCAGCACCGGCUGAUGAAGCCGGGGCCGGCCACAAGUGGAAGUGCUGGAAAGGGGAAAUGGCUUUCUGCUGGGUGCCCCAAAACCGCCAGUUCCCCUCCCAGCACCAAGAAAUGGCCCAGAAAGGGCUUUUCUCACCCCAAAAUGCUGGCCGCGCUUCCCUUCCCGGGCACGUCUGGGCCCUGACCCUGCGGCUGCUCUCGCCAGGGGGCCGAGGCGUUGUCGGGGGGCUCCCAGGGGGGUUUGGGGGUGCCCAGAGGGAACAGCGGCAACACCAUGGUCAGGAGAAACAGCCUUUAUUGAGCCCCGGGGCGCCCCGGGAAGGGGAGCGCCCGCUCGCACCCCAAGAAAGCAAGGACACCCCCCCCCUCAGUACAGCCCCGCGCAGGGGCAGCCCCAGGUCUCGCGACUGGGCAGGGGGGAGCCGUCCCGCUCCAGCGCCUCUGAGGGGGGUAAGCAGGAGAGGGGCAGGUGCCUGAGCGCCCGCAGCCAGCCCUGCUCCCCCAGGCCCCGACGGCACCUUGGCUCCGCCGCAUCCCAGCAGGCCUCCCAGUCCCACCGCCGGCGGCUUGCUGGGGGGGGUCUGCGCUCCAGCGACGGCUGCCAGCAGCAGGUGCCGGGGCUCGGGGGCACCGAUGGCCGCCCAAGGCGGUGGGAGCCAUGCCGGAGCGGGUGGUGCCGGAGCGGGUGGUGGUGACAGCGCUGGGCUCGGCGCUCGUCAUAUGGCCGGCCUGGCACGAAGCCCAGCCGGCGCGACGCCUCUGGGCUCCAGGUGUCGGGGGUCUGGGCGUCCAGGCUGGUCCUGCAGCACAGGUCCAGGCACCGGGGAGCAAGCUGCGCCGUGAUGGAGCGGUGUGGUGGAUGGCGAUGCUGCGGCGCGACUGGGCUGAAAGACGGCGGGGCA